AUGUAUUCUCUUGUCUAUAAAAGUGAUAAUGGUACUGCAAGCCCAAUAUCCAAUGGUUCUUUAACAUCACCAUUAAAUGAAUAUGUGUUUUAUUCUCAGAAGACAUUUUCUAAAGUUGAUGGUCAAUAUGCAAUUGUCUAUAUUGUAACGGAUAGAUCAAAGUCUUCUGAAUUUACUAUUGAUUAUAACCGUUCUAAAUUUUCCAUGUAUUUACAUUUUAUAAAAGAUAGCACGGACCAAUCAUCAGAACAAAUAUUGCUUUAUCAAUAUUAUGAUAGUCCAUUGAUAGACGUAUUCUUAACCGAUUGUGAGGCUGGCUUUAACUCAUUAGGAUUACAAAGCAAUAUUUGUUUUCUUACAUAUAUUACCUUAGAUGCUAUGGAAUACAUAAAAUUUGUACGAUUCUCAUCAUCUGGUUCAAUAAUUCAAGAAGGUUUUCUUUCAACAAGGUCAAAUACCUCUUUCCAAAAUACUAUUGUUGAAUCUGUGUAUUUUGGAAUAUUACCAUAUGGAGGCGCAAUUGAAUUCAACUUUACUUAUUAUAAUAGUUCAUUAUAUAAUUUUAGUAGUAUAUUAACAUUACAAUUUCGAUCCAAUUUAAAUACUAUAAGUGAUAUAUUAUUUCAAACUAUUAAUGCAAAUUUAGUGAGUCAAGGUAUUUUCGACAACAAUACUAUAUGGGUUGUAUACAGUCCAAAAGUUAAUACAUUUAAUAAUAGUAAAAUAACUACUAUUGAUAUGGAACAUAUUUAUAAUGAUUAUGGUUAUGAAAAUGUCGCAAUUUUGUCCUCUUAUCCUACAUUAAAUAUGACAAUAUCUUUGUCAUAUAAUUCUCAAAUUAAUAUCACUCUUUAUGCUCCAAUAGUUUUAUCUGCUGGAAAUAUUUCUAUUUAUCAAACCGAUAAUUCAAAUAAUUUAUUAUUACCACUUUUAAUAAAAAUUAAUAGUGAUUAUAUGAUUAUUGUUGAUGAUAAUUUUGUCAGAGCAUUAUCUUUUAAUGAACCUUUUUAUGGAAUUAAACAAGGUGUUUGGCAAGUGACAACUCCAAAAUCAUAUAAUUCUAAAGUCUCUGAUUCAACACAAGCCAUUUUACGUCUAAAUUCUGAUGGUUUUUCUUACUUUUCAAAUUAUAAUGAGACUCAAUUUGAUGAUCUUUUACAACAAAUAAAAGAAAGUAUUCCUUUGAUGAAUGAUCGUUUACAAAUAACCCAUAAUAUCCAACCUGAUCCUUCAGAUUUUUCCAAACUUCUGAUUGAAUUUUCAAUUUCUAAAGCAAAUGAUCCCUUAAAUGAGCCAAGUGUAGAUAAUAUUAUCAAUGAUUUAGAAAAAAUAAAUAUAUAA